UUCCCUUGAUAUCCAUCUUCUUUUUCUUCUCAUGUCGUUCACAUAAAAACAAAAACCCCAUCAUUUUGAGAGCGUUCGUUGUUUCAUAAACCUGGUUUCCUUUUUUUACUUCCUUGCAGAAAAAUGCUUGCCUAAUUAAUAUUUCCUCACUUUCGCUUCCUCAUCUGGGUUUAAUUAUUCGAUAUGGGCAUUCAAGAUUUCUGGGUUUUUCUCAUUGUUCUCGGAUUUUGCCUCCGAAUUCAGUGUCAAAACCUGACCUGCGACCAAAAUGAUCUCAAAGCUCUGCGAGAUUUCAUGGCGGGCUUGCAAACUUCCAUUGAUGGAUGGGAAGAGAAAAACCCAUCUUCGAAUUGCUGUAAAUGGCCAGGAAUCACUUGCGAGAAUGAAACAGGAAAAGUGUCGGUGUUGGACCUCGGGAGUAAGAAACUUACGGGAAAACUUUCUGAAUCUUUGGGGUCUUUGAAUCAGCUCAGAACUCUGAAUCUCUCCCACAACUACCUCAAAAGCUCGAUUCCCAUUUCGCUCUUCAGCAUGUCCAAUUUGCAGGUUCUAGACUUGAGCUUCAAUGACUUUUACGGUGCUGUUCCCGAUACUGUUAAUUUGUCUUCAAUUCAAUACCUUGACAUGUCUCAAAACUACUUGAACGGUUCUCUUCCGAAUCAUAUCUGUAAUGGUGGUCGUUCUGAGCUUAAGAUUUUGAAGUUGGCGGCGAAUUUCUUCUCCGGUGAUCUUCCUUCGGGUUUUGGAAAUUGUACCUUUUUGAAUCAUCUUUGUGUGGGAAUGAAUAAUCUCACAAGGAUAUCUGAAGGCGUAUUCCGGCUUCGAAAUAUUUCGGAGUUGAUCAUUCCGGAUAACAAGCUUUCUGGGCAGCUGAGCGACGGAAUUGGUAAUCUCACUAACCUUGUUCGGUUGGAUAUUUCCACUAAUGAGUUUUCAGGGGCUAUUCCUAAUGUUUUUCACAAACUAGGAAAGUUACAUUCUUUUGUUGCUCAUUCUAAUAAGUUCACCGGUGGUAUACCUGAGUCGCUGACCAAUUCUCCCAGUAUUAGUUUGUUGAAUGUGAGAAACAAUUCCUUGGUUGGUCCAAUAAAUAUAAAUUGUGCUGCAAUGGUUAAUUUGACCUCUCUUGAUUUAGGCUCCAAUAAGUUUAAUGGCUCGAUUUCUUAUAAACUUCCAUCUUGCCGGCAUCUGAACAAUAUAAAUAUUGCGCGGAAUAAACUCGUAGGUGAAAUACCAGAGAGCUACAAGGAUUUUCAUAGCCUCUCUUACUUCUCUCUUUCGAAUUCUAGCAACACGAAUCUUUCAUCCGCCCUAAGAAUUCUACAGCAGUGUGAGAACCUCACUACUCUGGUGCUCAGCUUGAACUUCCAUGACGAGGAAUUGCCCUCGGAUCCCAGUUUUCAUUUUGAAAAGCUGAGGAUUCUGGUAAUUGCCAAUUGUAGGCUCAAAGGUUCACUACCUCAAUGGCUGAGUAAAAGCAAACGGUUGCAGUUGUUGGAUUUGUCAUGGAAUAACUUGGUUGGAAAAGUUCCACCCUGGUUAGGCGAUUUUGAUUCCCUCUUUUACUUGGACAUUUCAAACAAUUCGUUCACUGGGGAGAUCCCGGAAAACAUAACUAGAUUACGAAGUCUCAUUGACAGGGAGAUUUCAUUGGAGGAACCUUCCCCAGAUUUCCCAUUUUUCAUGAAGAGGAAUGUUAGCUCUAGAGGGUUGCAGUAUAAUCAAGUCCAGAGCUUUCCACCGACCUUGGAUCUGAGUAGCAAUAAUUUAAGCGGACCAAUUUGGCCGGAGUUUGGGAAUCUGAAAAAGCUCCAUGUUUUGGACCUAAAACUCAACAACCUAUCUGGAUCGAUCCCUAGUAAUUUGUCGGGGAUGAGCAGCUUAGAGACUCUGGAUCUGUCGCACAACAUGCUUUCGGGGACGAUACCAUCUUCCUUGGUAAAACUCAACUUUCUGUCCAAGUUUAAUGUUGCAUACAAUAAGUUACAUGGGGAGAUCCCUUCAGGAGGUCAGUUUGCGACAUUCCCGAAUUCAAGCUUUGAAGGAAAUAAUCUCUGUGGUGACCAUGCUGUGCCGUGUGCAUCAAAUCAGUCCCUCCCUAGUCACCCAUCCAGUCAUUCGACGAAGAAAAGAGGCGUUGUAGUUGGACUUACUAUUGGAAUUGUAUUUGGUGCGGCAUUAUUUCUUUCCCUCUUGUUCGUAUUUGUUUUGAGGAAGCAUAGACCACGAGAGAUUGAUCCGGAAAGAGAAGAUGGUUACACCAAUGACAAAGAUUUGGAACAACUGGGGUCCAGAUUAGUGGUUUUGUUCCAGAACAAGGAGAACACAAAAGAGCUCUGUGUUGAUGACCUUCUUAAAUCUACCAACAAUUUCGACCAAGCAAAUAUCAUCGGCUGUGGGGGUUUUGGUUUGGUUUACAGAGCCACCCUCCCUGAUGGUAAGAAGGUCGCCAUCAAACGGCUCUCUGGUGACUGUGGACAGAUGGAGAGAGAGUUUCGUGCCGAAGUGGAAACCCUCUCGAGAGCUCAGCAUCCUAAUCUGGUCCUACUUCAAGGUUAUUGCAUAUACAAGAAUGACAGGCUCUUGAUAUAUUCAUACAUGGAAAACAGCAGCUUGGAUUACUGGCUACACGAAAGGGUUGAUGGCCCUGCCUUCCUCAAAUGGGAGACCAGGCUGCAAAUUGCUCGAGGAGCCGCGAGAGGGCUUGCUUAUUUGCACCAGUCGUGCGAGCCCCACAUUCUUCAUCGAGAUAUAAAGUCGAGCAACAUUCUUUUAGAUGAGAAUUUUGAAGCCCAUUUAGCAGAUUUCGGUCUUGCAAGGCUCAUUCUCCCCUAUGAUACUCAUGUAACGACCGAUCUUGUUGGGACAUUAGGCUACAUUCCUCCGGAGUACGGCCAAGCUUCUGUUGCCACUUACAAAGGAGAUGUGUACAGUUUUGGUGUUGUUCUUUUGGAGCUUCUAACUGGGAAGAGACCAAUGGACAUGUGCAAACCGAAAGGAUGCCGGGAUUUGAUCUCAUGGGUGUUUCAGAUGAAGAAGGAAAAGAAGGAAAGCGAGGUGUUUGACCCGUUUAUUUACAACAAGCAUAAUGACAAGGAAUUGUUGCAGAUCCUUGAGAUAGCAUGCCUUUGCUUAAGCGAAUUUCCCAAAUUGAGACCGACGACUCAACAGCUCGUUUCUUGGCUCGAUGGAAUAGAUAUUGACAUCUAGCUUUUACCAUGUAAGCGAAGAAUUUCUUGUUGUACAGCUAGAGAUAUCACUUCCAUACUUGAUUCACUGGAAAUAAAUUGGCUCCUUUUGUACUCAGCCUUAAGAUCCUUGUGUAAAUAUUUAUCCACAUAAUCAGGUUCUUAGAGUUGGUUGUUGUUAUCUAUAAAUGUACUAGACAGAAACAUCAAACCGAAGUAACAAAACUUGUUAUUUCGGAUAUUAGAAGUGUUUACAUUUGAAUUUGAAUUUUGAAGAUAAAUCUUGUCCCUCAAAAGUAUGAAAAAUAAACUUAAAUUUUUGUUACAGGUCCUUAGAUUUUUGUCUUUGUGUACUUGGGCAGCUUAUUGCCUGUGGGAAUUGGA